ACUGAGGGUUAGAUUUGGUUGGGGUACUCUGUGUUUAAAUCAACGAUCAUCUCUGCAGCUAUAGGAGUUAAGGACUGGAAACACGCACAGCUCGAUUCAGUGAAAGUCAUUGUAAUGGCAGAUGCAGAUAAAUUAAAUAUAGACAGUAUAAUAGCGCGACUUUUAGAAGUGCGAGGAUCUCGACCAGGGAAAAAUGUCCAGUUGUCAGAAAAUGAAAUCCGUGGUUUGUGUUUAAAGUCAAGGGAGAUUUUCCUGAGUCAGCCUAUUCUCUUGGAACUGGAAGCUCCACUCAAGAUUUGCGGAGAUAUACAUGGACAGUAUUAUGACUUGUUGAGGUUAUUUGAAUAUGGAGGAUUCCCUCCAGAAAGCAAUUACUUAUUCCUGGGAGAUUACGUCGACAGGGGGAAGCAGUCUUUAGAAACCAUCUGUCUGUUGUUGGCCUACAAGAUCAAAUAUCCAGAGAACUUCUUCUUGUUAAGAGGAAACCAUGAGUGUGCCAGUAUCAACAGAAUAUAUGGAUUUUAUGAUGAAUGUAAACGACGAUACAACAUUAAAUUAUGGAAAACUUUCACAGACUGUUUUAACUGCUUGCCUAUAGCAGCUAUUAUCGAUGAAAAGAUUUUCUGUUGUCAUGGAGGUUUGAGUCCUGAUCUGCAGUCCAUGGAGCAGAUUCGCCGAAUCAUGAGGCCGACUGAUGUGCCUGACCAAGGCUUGCUAUGUGAUCUUCUGUGGUCUGAUCCAGACAAAGAGACCAUGGGCUGGGGGGAAAACGACAGGGGAGUCUCCUUCACAUUUGGGGCGGAAAUUGUCGCCAAAUUCCUACACAAGCACGACCUCGAUCUUAUAUGUAGAGCUCAUCAGGUUGUGGAAGAUGGGUAUGAGUUCUUUGCCAAGAGACAGUUGGUGACAUUAUUUUCAGCCCCAAAUUACUGUGGGGAGUUUGACAAUGCAGGGGCUAUGAUGAGCGUGGAUGAUACUCUGAUGUGCUCAUUUCAGAUUUUGAAACCAGCAGACAAAAAGAAAUUCCCUUAUGGAGGCUUUAAUUCCGGGAGACCAGUGACCCCACCGAGAGGAGCAGCAAAGAGCAAAGGGAAAUAACCAUGUCCUGCAGUAAUGGAUUUAUAAUUAACAUUGGACAGUCUCAACAUAGUGGUCUCCCUUGCCUAAUUGGGCAGGACUUGUGUGGCUACUGGAAGAGUUAGUCACAACAUGACCAUUGCCACUGUGGACUGCCACAUUAGAUUGUACAUUAUAGGAAAAUCUUUACUCCCAAUUCUAAACUUUUUAUUCCGUAGAACAUCCAUGGAAGGUCCCAUUGAUCACAAAUCUUAAGCGCUGGGGAAUUGUGAAAAUGAGUUUAUGUUGGGUAGGGGUGAUAGGGUGGGGUUACAGGGGCUGACAAGACUGCACAUGGUGACAAUUUUAUCAUUUCUGUACAGCACACCUUUUGUAAAUACAUGAUCUAGCACCGUCACAUGUGCACCAGACCUAGUUGAUAGAAACAUGGGCUACUGCAUAGGCUGCAUCAGCCCCAAAGUCCAGCCAACAUCAGAUGCAUCACUGAUGGAGUUCUGGACAUUCAAUAGAGAUGGGCUUAAAGAUGUUUGAUAUAUGCCAUGUACAUUUGCAGAUGAAGCAUGGUUCAUUUAAUUUGAGAAAUGCAAGUAUCAUGAAUUUGAUUUGAGAUUUGCUUGUCUGGGUCACUCUGCAUGAAUUUCAAAAGCUGUUUGGUGCUAUGUCAGUAUUGGCUUUUAACAAAAGCACUCAAGACUUAAAUACCAACAGUAAGGAUUUUCCGCUAUCCUGUAUUUGUGAGUUUCAAUUUGGAGGAGUAAAGGCACCAUUGUCGGGUGUGAUUGGCAUUGGUCGAUAUCCCAUACAUUUCACAAUGACUCUAAUUUCUGUGUAUUCAAAUGCUACUGUACAAGGUAAAUAUCAAAUGGUGAGCCCACAGUGAUGUCAUUUAAUUAGCAUUGGAGACUCAUUUGUCACAAUCUCCAUUUGCCUGGCUGUACAGUACAGUGAACUGAAUAUUUCAGCCCCAUUGUAUAUAUAUAUAUA